GCAAUGAUCAAGUAAAUAAGUUAUUAGAAAUGAGUUAUUAAAAAUGUUAUAUUUAAAAAUAUGAAGAAACUUCCUUGUUAAACAGACACUGGAGAAAAAAUAAACAGGGGGCCCAAUAAUUCAGUGGGUUUAAUAAUUCUGACUUCAACUGUGUAUAGAAUAUAAAUUCAUUUUGAGCUAUUAAACUGACACAUGCACACAAUUAGCAUAAGAACAGCGCUGAUUUAUGAUUGAGGGCAGUGACGACGUCAUCAAGAGUGUAAUCCUGAGACUUCUUCAGAUGAAUCAAACGUCUUGAAGAACCUGAAAGCGCAGGUCAAACGCACAAUCGUUCAACUAAUAGCCCGGAUGAAUCUCACAGGGGUAAUCCAGCGAUUAAAGCAAUUUUCAGUGAAUAAUUCAUAAUGGCCAGCUGUUUCCCAGCGAUAUUUAAACCCAGCUCAUGUUCAGUCUCUGGAUGAUCUGAUCUGAUGCUCACAGUAGUGAAACCAAACAGCAGCCAUGAGGAUCGUCCUGCUGCUGUUUCUGCUGUUUUCUGCUUUGAAUCAUUUUAUUUUAAGCCAGAACGAGGAAAGCUGGAUCAAUGAGGGCUAUCCAGACGAGGUAAAUUUGCUGGAGGCUGAUCUACAAACAGCGCUGGAAAGAGUCAGUCGAGCACCCGGACUGCAACAGGUUUUCGGCCUAAUGGGGAAAAGAUCAUCAGCAAGAUCCCAGAUAACACGAAGACGACAGAAGUUCCAGACGUUUGUGGGUCUGAUGGGGAAACGGAAUGUCGCUGAAUCAGGCGAGUCUGAUAUUCUGCUUUCUUUACCUUCAAAUGUAAAUUCUACAUUUAAAAAUAAAUUCUAUUUAUGUUUCCUUCUAGGACAAACACAAGCGCUGUGAUUUGAAGAAGCUUUUAACAUGUAACCACCAGAACAUCAGGCAGAAAUGUCUUCAGAAAUUUGUCUUCUCAUAUUUGUUUAAUGAAAUAUGGAAUAAAAUGUGUGUAUUAUGACGUA